ACACCAGUUGUUAUUGCUUGUGAUUAGACAAGGGUGUGUAUACCUGAGUAAGCAGGGAUAAAGGUAGGGUAAGUCGGUAGAAAUAACUACCUGAAAAUAGCUACCUGUAUUUCACUAGGAACAGUAGGCAGCAGAUAGGGAAAAGUGACGUCACUACUAAACAAUAAGCCGGGAAUGCCACACAAACUAUGAGGGGAUACUACUCUGAACGUCCGGCGGAACGGACCAAAGGUGGACAGCAGGACUCGAUGAUGGCGAACCGUCCGUGCCAAUGGGUGUUGCUGCUGGUCCUGCUGACGGUACUGGUUUUGGCCAUAGUGGCGUUUGCCACACCUUAUUGGGCCUACAUUUCCCUAACAGGGAAUACUGUAGCCUUUAAUUUUGGUUUUUUCGAUGUCUGCCAAUCAAACACCUGUUCGAAGUAUCUGACUUUCUUCAACCUAGAGAGAUACAGUGGUGAGAUGGUUGGCUGUAUCCUGUUUAUGCUGCUGGCAAUGAUAAGUCUCACUUUGUCACUGUUCUUCUGCUUUUCGUAUGCGUGUGUGGACGUUCUACGGGACUGCUACAGAGGGGGAUGUGGUUCUGACAAACAGAAGAUCCUCGCCUGCGCAUGCUUCACUUUACUUGGAGGUAUCUGCGAACUAGUCUCUGUUGUGUGGUUCUAUAUCAACACUAUCAGGAACUACAACGGUUUAAACACCUUCCGUUUCCUGGUGUCUUCAACAAGGGCCGAGUAUUCACUCAUCCUUGCCUCAGUUAGUGGCGGACUCGCCAUUGUUGUUGCCUUCCUCCUAUUCCUAAACCGAUUUAUGAUGCACUACGAUGAUGACGAAUACUAUGAGGAUUAUCCUAGAAAGCGUACGAGGCACUCCCCUGAACCAGAGCGGCGGUAUGUCGCCCCUCCCCCUCCUCCGCCUGCACCUCGUCAUCAGCCUAAAUUAGGGGCUUCUUACGUCAUGCCGGAUCCAGUCCGACUACCGGACCGGCCAAUAAGUAUGGCACCUGCUGCAUACCGGCAGAAGUACGGAGAUCAGGCACCUCAAGUGUUUAGAUACACCUUCAAGAACGAUGAUGAUUUCUGGCGUUACGACACAGACAAGGAGAACCCCCAUCAGGACAACGGAUAUCGUGUCUACAAUGGGGACCGGGGCAACCGCUACUAGUAACAGAGCAGGCGGAAUGGUUCAAUUUGGGGAGCAUAAAUAGUGAUUUGGUAAAACAGUCAUAUAUUGAUCUCUCAUCAAACAACAUUACUGCAAGAUCUGAAAGGCAUAUGCAUAUAAAUAUGCAUAUAUUAUGCAAAUACUGAUUUUCGUUGAAACAUUUAAAUCCGUAUGACUGAACUAUUAACUCCUGUAAGUAUAUUUCCGCUGUAGUGUAUUAUAGACAGACAGUCGAUGGUUUACCAAUAAACCGUGUUAUAUAGUUCGCUUGCGAUCAUCCGUCCGGGAUAUCGAGUGGGAUUAAAAUGCAAGUGCACAUAUCUGACGGACCUCGAUUGAAAUUCACACAAAAUAUUAAGGUUCACAUACGGAGCCAACUUACCUGUGAUAAUAGUACGUUUCAGCCAAACAUUGCCUCAUGAAUACAGUGGAAUUUCUUCAGACACUGAUGCCCAGUUAUUAAUGUAAAUUCUAUCAAUACAAACAAUUACGUAUGUGUUUAUUUGUGUAAAGUCACAAUAAUACAACAUAAUACUAGAAGUUGAUAUUCAAUGGGUACAAACUGUAUACUGGUACCGUCUGGUGAGCACAUUUUAAGUCAAUAGAUUCGUUUCCUGAGGUAAAAGUUGCAAUUAAGUAAAUAGAGUAUACUCCGGUAACUAACAAAUCAUCUAUACCAUGAUUCAGCCGAUGAGUUUUGUUAUUCAAAUAGCAACUAUACGAUCGAUGUGAUCACAUAUCCGUUUGUUUUAGGUAUGCUCGCAUGUCUUCGUUGUUCGUUAAUUAUCUAAGUUUAUCCGAAUAUAUACAUGUAACACUCGUCUCAACUGUUCACGUAAAGAAUAUACAAGAUGAUAUAAUACUGAUACUUUGUGAGAACAGGUACAUAUUAAAAUCUUAACAAAUUUUAA